AUGAUCGCGCAAAGUCCAUUUACAGGAGGAGUUUGGCCGAGUAUGGGAGAGGGAUAUUUGAUACAGUCGAUGGGACCCGACUCGCCACUCGAUCAGUCGAAUAUCUACAACCCUCGCAUUGCCGCCUCAGAGGCCAACUACUCCCCGUCGAGAUACAACUUCGAAUACUCACCCCAAGCAGCGAAGACGGCGCACUCGAUGCCAGAUCAUAUGAUCUAUCCAGGUAACCCGGCAUUCGCAGGCAUCGAUAUGAGGAGGAUACAAUCUCAAGGCAACGACGACCGCGCGUCUUACGGACCGCAGUCAGUUUCGACAAUGAGUCACCACAACUCUCCUGCUACGCCACGUACCUGGGACGACUCGUACGGUGAAGAGAAGCAAUACCCAAACUUUCAGUCAGCAGCGUUCCAACAAUCGAUGCAGGAAGUGUUUCCCGAGCAGCAGCAGCAGAUGGCAUACUCAAUGCAUCAGAUGCAAAACCACAGGCACACCUUGCAAGAGCAGUUUACAAGAUCACAACAACAGCACUUACGGACAGGUUCACCUACUUCGAAUCCUAGAGAAAAGUCGCCCUUCAAGCCUACAUCUUCAAUGCUAGCUCCUGUUCAGAAACCGCAACAAUCAGUCCCUCAAUUGAAGAAACAGCGCACGUCUGUUUCACCUAAAGAGCUUAUGCUCGAAGAUCCUGACUUGGACGAAAAUCAGACACCUCUAUUUCCUGAACGCACUUCGUUCAACAGGCAACCCUCGAAUCUAUCCAACUACUAUCCUGCAUCGUUUCAGCAUGAACCAUCGAUUCAGAUACCACAACAUUAUCCCUUCGUUAGUCAGUCGAGUCAGAACAUCCCUGACUCGACUCCAGAGUUUCCAGCGCGCAUGUUAUCGAUGGAGUCUACGAACGAGGAAGGACCAUCGGAGCCAUCCAGCCAGCAAUCGAUACAUCGAACACAAAUCAAGCAAGAGCUGCAAAGGCCUGUGAUCGACACGUCUUCUGACGCAGGCACAUACUCAUGUACGUAUCAUGGCUGUCCACAGCGGUUCGAUUCUCCGACCAAGUUACAGAAGCACAAGCGUGAAGGUCAUCGACAACAGGAGACAAGUGGGGCUACUACUCCUACUGCAACCACGACAGCGAAGAACUCUCAAGCUGGGCCUCAUCGUUGUGACCGCAUCAACCCAAGCACAGGCAAGCCCUGCAAUUCAGUCUUCUCACGACCUUACGAUCUGACCAGACACGAAGACACUAUCCACAAUGCGCGCAAACUCAAGGUUCGAUGUCAUUUGUGCACAGAGGAGAAGACCUUUUCGAGGAAUGAUGCGCUUACCCGACACAUGAGGGUGGUGCAUCCUGAUGUUGAUUGGGUGGGAAAGCAAAAGAAGCGAUCACACAAGUGA